AUGGUUCCAGAGUCAUCAAAAAUUACAACAUGCAGCAAGUUUGCAUGUGUCGGCACGGGAUUCUCGGCCAUUGGCUUGGGUGCGACACUAAAGCGCUGGUAUGGAAUCACAGACAUUCACUUCUUUGAGCGUCAUAGCGAACUGGGAGGCACAUGGCAUAUCAAUCAAUACCCAGGCAAGUUGAGAGCACUACUCAAAUGCUGUGCUUGCGAUGUUCCUAGUGUAUUGUACAGCUUCUCAUUUGAACCGAACCCGAACUGGACACGCAUAUUACCCAGCAACACCGAGCUCAAGGCCUAUCUGGUACAUGUCGCGACCAAGUACGAGCUUGUACAGAAAAUGAGAUUUUGUGUCAACGUCGAAGCGUGUGAGUGGAUCGAAGAGCGUAGCGUCUGGAGGAUGCGGGUAUUCGACUACAACACCAAGGAGACCUUCUACCACGAAUCCCAAUUCUUGUUCUCGGCCUCGGGACAGCUGGUCACACCCCGUGAAAUCGACAUUCCCGGAAAGGACAGAUUUGACGGUCCUUUGUUCCACUCAGGACGUUGGCGGACGGAUGUCGACCUCACGGGAAAGAAGGUCGUGGUCAUCGGCAAUGGCUGCACCGCCGCCCAGAUUGUACCCAACAUUGUCAAAAAGACGGCACACACGACGCAGAUUGUCCGCAGCAAGCAUUGGAUCAUGCCACCUAUUGACGCUUCCAUUCCGGAUUGGACUCGCUUCAUCCUGCGUUGGGUCCCGGGUGCGAUGCAAUUGUUUCGCUUUGUGGUUUUUCUCAUCGCAGAAAAGGAACUUCAAGGUCUCCCAAUGACCAAGGCCGCUGCCCGAUACCGACAGAAGAGGCGCGCUCUCAGCGAAGCAUACAUGCGUGGGAAAGCACCUCCAAAGUAUCACGGUAUUCUGAUUCCCGACUUUGAGUAUGGCUGCAAGCGACGUAUCUUCGACUCUGGCUAUUUGGACAGCCUCCACGAAGAGAACCUGACUCUGACCAACAGUCCUGCCCUGGAGAUUGUUUCUAAGGGCAUACGGACUAAGGACGGUCUGGUUGAAGCUGACGUUAUUGUAUUGGCUAACGGGUUUGUCACGAACCACUUUUUGGACCAAAUGGACAUCAAGGGACGUGGAGGAAAGACGGUAGGCGAGCAUUGGCGCGAGAUGGGUGGUCCCACGUCCUACAACUCUUCUGUGCUGAGUGGAUUCCCCAACUUCUUCAUCCUUCUGGGUCCCAAUGCCGCCACAGGUCAUACCUCUGCCCUCAUGGCGGCCGAAAACUCAAUCAACUUCGCUCUGCGCGUGAUCAAGCCCGUCUUGGAAGGCCAAGCCACCGUGGCUGAUCUCAAACCGCAGGCCGAGGCUGAAUACACAGAGAGACUUCAAAAAGACCUCGAGAAGACUGUCUGGAACUCGGGGUGUCAGAGCUGGUAUAUCAGAGCCAAUGGCGGUAAACCGUGGAACGCAAUGAGCUAUCCUUGGACCCAAAGCUACUUUUGGUUCCGAAGUCGGUUCCCGACGUGGUCUGAUUGGCGGUAUACUGGUGAGGCGGAGUUGCGAAAGGAAGGGUUAGGACAUGGUUAUCUUGUAGCUUGGGUGGUCAUAGGUGCAGUGGCUUGGUGGUCUUGGGGCCAGAACUUUGACUAUGAAGUUGCUGCGAAACAUCUUCAAACAUUUAUUUCUUAG